UGGCAGUCGGAGAGGAGGUGCGUAACAGGCAGAUCAUCUUGAAGAGCUAUGUAAGACAGACAUGGAAAUUGUGCCAAGUACCGUUAAAAUCAAAGUAGCAGAAGGCUCAAGGGCUGUUUUAGUAAAGAAUAUGUACCUCUCUUGUGACCCUUACAUGAGGCUUAAAAUGACCAAACAAGAAAUGUCAACCUGUUUCACUGAGUACCAGCCUGGCUCUGUAUGCCUGGGAUGGUAGCAUAUGUAGGAUUUUUUGAGAUUUUUUACCCUAAAAAAGGAGAACGUGUAUUUGUCUCGGCAGCAUCAGGAGCAGUCGGCCAACUGGUUGCCCAAUUCGUUAAAUCAAUAGUUGUUGGUAGUGCUGGCUCCAAAGAAAAGGUAAGCUGCUAUUAAUCCAAGUUUAAGUUUAAUGAAGCUCUCAAUUAUAAAGAAGAGCCUGACUUGGCUGCUGCAUUGAAAAGGUACUUCCCUAAAUGCAUAGAUAUGUAUUUUGAUAAUGGUGGUGGAGCCAUGCUUGAUGCUGUGCUUUUAAACAUGAGAGACCAUGGCCGAAUUGUGGUUUGUGGAAUGAUCUCUCAAUACAAUAGAGACAAGGCAGAAGGGGUACACAACCUCUUUUGCCUUGUAUCGAAGCGCCUCGUAAGGAAAGGGUUCAUGGUACUUGAUCAUUGGCACUUGUACCCUCAAUUCCUAGAGUUCACUAUUAAGCUCAUAAAGGAAAGGAAGAUAGUUUAUGUUGAAGACAUUGUAGAAGGUCUCGAGAACCCUCCAUCGGCUCUUAUUGGACUCUUCAAAGGCAAGAAUGUCGGCAAACAAGUAGUCCCCAUUGCUCGCGAAUAA